ACCUUUGUCCAUCAGAGAUAAACAGGGAUGGACUCGAAUGAUGUUUUAAAUAUAUCAACUGACAUAUGCACCGAUGUAACGAUGACGGCCCGGACCGAAACACCACGAGAAGAGGUGCUACACAUGUUAACGUAAAAGGCUAUUCACUGGAAUCGGAGGAUAGGACUACAUUAGGUUUGAGGGUCGGCUUUUUAAGCAUACCUGCAGUAGACCGAUGACUCCAAAAUGGAGUGAGUGCCCUUCAAAUAGUCACAGAGAACUAUCUUUGCAUGAAAAUGAAAAUAAGAAUGGCAAUGUUUAUAAAAGGAGAAAGAUGGAUAAAGAUUCAAAUUCACUUGUAGCAAAUGAAGAAGUUAAAGAACUGACAAUUCAAAGUUGCACUACCUCUGAAGAUCACUCUUCACUACUGCUCCCUGUUAUUAAUCCCUCAUAUCCAGUAUUUUCAAAUUUGAUGGCAGGUAAGAUAGACCCUGUCCUAGAGCUUGAAGAGCCUGCUGGAGUUCCAUUGGAGCCAAAUUCUGGUGUGAACGAAAGAUGUUCAGUGUCAAGUAUGCCACCAUCUUCCGUGAUACUAGACAAAAAGGAUGCUUCUGUAUGGUCCUCAUCAAAUAUACGCCCUACAGAACCGACAACAGAGCUCACAUCAGCAAGGGAUCUAUGCAUUGCUAUACUGAGAAAAGAUGGACUCAUAACUGAGUCACAAACUAAAAUCAUUUCAGAGGAAUCCACUGAUUGUAAUGCCAACCACUUGGUGACAUGCAAUGCUUGUGGAAGCUUGGAUGUUCCACUAAAGAUGCUUAUAUGUGAUUCUUGUGAAGCAGCAUUCCAUUUGCCUUGUUGCAUCCCUUGUAUUAAGGUGGUACCAGCUGGUGAAUGGUAUUGUCAGCCAUGCUUGAAGAAGAAACCUAAGAGUCUUUAUGGUCAACUAUUAGAGGGCAAGGUCAGGUCUUCCGGGAAUAUGGACCAAAGGCCUCAUGGCAUGAGUCAUAUAGAGUACAUGUUCAAAGAUGUCGAAUCAUACGUUACUGGGGUUCGACUUGGUGGAGAUUUCCAAGCUGAAGUGCCAGAAUGGUAUGGUCCCAUUUCCAGCGAUGGUUAUUUCACAGCGCCCUCUGAAUUUGAUCCUGCUGAACUCAUGAAACUGAAUUUCUGUUCAAAGAAUAAUCAGAACAAAUCUUCAAGUUCAACUGGUAAUUGGGUACAAUGCCGUGAGGUCUUGAGCACAGGAGAUCCUAACAAGCCAGUAAUCUGCGGCAAGUGGAGAAGGGCACCCCUAUAUGUUAGUCAGUCAGAUGAUUGGGAUUGUUUUUGUUGUCUUCUCUGGGAUCCAGCUCAUGCUGAUUGUGCUGUUCCACAGGAGUUGGAUACAGAUGAAGUCUUAAAGCAGCUAAAAUAUGUAAAUGCGGUGAAGAAUCGUCUGACUGACCGUAAGCAUAAGCCUGCUUAAAUGCAAGGAUGGCACAGUCGUCAAAUACCUCACAAAGGGUUAUUGGGCAUGAUGUCAUGUAGUGAGCCAUCUGUUGUCAACACAAUCUGUUGGCGACUCUUCAUUUAAUUGACCAUAGUCGUCCUCCCCCCUUUCAAUUGCGAACAUAGGUUUUGAUCCAAAAGAAUUGUACAACAUGUUAACGCAGUUUUCAGAGCAGUGUACCGCCACUGAUUUCAGCCGUCACUGCCAAACAAUCUACACCCAGUUUUGUUCGAUUUGACUUUUGGGUGCGAGGGAACCAAAUCAGCUAGCUAUGAUUGUCAUUCUACAAAUUUAUUUGAUGUUUGUAUCUUAAGAGGGGACCAAGUUGGAUUCCAUUU